CGUCAUCUCCAGUCUCGUCCUUCAGAAAGAGAACAGGACCUGACUGAAGAAACAGCAUCACUCUUCUUCUACGCUCAUUAGAAUCCCAAAAGCUCAAGCGUCGCCACGAAACGUCGUCGUUUUAGGCCGAGCUUUCGCGAUGGCGCUGGUAUUGAACUUCUCCGACGCAAGAGAAUCCGGCAACUCACUCCAGGCCAUCUGCUACAAGCGCGGCUCGCUUCAAUUACUCGAUCAGACGAAGCUCCCUCUGCAAAGUACGUACUUGAAUAUCCGGGACUCUACAGAUGGAUGGCAUGCGAUUAAAGACAUGGUAGUGAGGGGAGCGCCGGCGAUUGCUAUAGCGGCGGCGCUGUCGUUGGCGGUGGAGGUGUUUAAUCUGGAGGACUUUAAUGGAACGCCGGAUGAAGCUUCGUCUUUCAUUGUGAUGAAGCUUGAGUAUUUAGUAUCUAGCCGGCCGACGGCUGUGAACCUUUCGGAUGCUGCGACUAAGUUGAAGCAGAUUGCAACCAAGGUGGCCGCGAGUGCUUCGGAGUACAAGUGUGUGUUUGAGGCGUACAUUGAAGCUUCUGAGAUGAUGCUCAAGGAGGAUGUUGAGACAAACAGAGCUAUAGGUUCUCAUGGAGCUACGUUUAUCCAGCGUCACCUUGAGAACAAUAUGAGGAUUUCGAUGUUGACUCAUUGCAACACUGGCAGCCUUGCAACAGCUGGUUAUGGUACUGCUCUUGGCGUUAUACGUUCACUUCAUACCGAAGGAGUUUUAGAAAGGGCUUAUUGCACUGAGACACGCCCAUUCAACCAAGGAUCAAGACUCACAGCAUAUGAGUUAGUGCAUGACAACAUACCCGCCACUCUUAUAGCAGAUUCGGCUGCAGCUGCAUUAAUGAAGGAUGGAAAGGUGAAUGCCGUGGUUGUUGGAGCAGAUCGUGUGGCUUCAAAUGGUGACACAGCUAACAAGAUCGGAACCUACAGUCUUGCUGUCAGUGCAAAGUACCAUAACAUACCGUUCUUUGUGGCUGCACCACUCACUUCUGUUGACUUAUCUCUUUCUUCUGGAGGAGAGAUAGUAAUAGAGGAAAGAUCCCCAAAGGAAUUGUUGAACACACGUGGAGGACUCGGAGAACAAGUUGCUGCAUCUGGAAUCUCUGUCUGGAACCCAGCCUUCGAUGUCACUCCUGCUAGCUUGAUAUCCGGCAUCAUAACAGAAAAGGGAGUCAUCACAAAAAAGGGUACUGACGAUUUUGACAUAAAGGAUUUUGUUCAAAAGGCCUGAUCACACUAGAACAUACAUAACCAUUGCCGGCAUAGCUACGCUACAUCUGGAUGAAAGGAGAUCUACUGCAUUUUAUCAAAAUAAUCGUGAGAAUCAUCAAUUUCUCUCCCUGAGUGAUGGUUCCCUUAGGUCUAUCAAUGUGAUUUGUAUCAUUUCUUCUCUCUACUUAUGAUAUCAUCGAGUACCGUUUAAUGUGUAGCUGAGCUAGAAUCUAUGUUUGCUGAACCUUUGGCUAAUAGCCUUAAGUUUCUUAAUUCUUAA